AGAGAAAAGGAGAGGGAGAGAGAGAGAAAGGAGAGAGAGAUAUAAGCCAUAGAUGUCUCUUCUCUGUUCUGCCACCAUCUCUAUUCUCGUUCACCUGAACGAGCCGCGCGUUGCCGUGAUCACAAAGCCGCUGUUUCCGCGUCGAGCUCAUUCUAAACCCCCGGUUACCGUCCAACUCUCCUUUACCAUUGGCCGGAACGGCCGUCAAUCAAACAAGAGAGAGGGUGGGGCCACAGGCCCACAUUCAUUGACAGCAGGUCGCAUAGCGCCGUCUAAUAGGCUGAGUUAUAUACUUUAUGUUGAGGGGAAAAGCCCACCAGCAUCUACAUGAUAUUUAUAAUUAUUAACAUAGCAGCAAAACCAGUGUCUUCUCUGUUAUUUAACUAUUUUCAGACGUUUAUUUGGACCGUAGGUCCUGACCGCAUACCGACGAGAACCGUCUCUACCUGACGUCACAGGAGCCCGUUCCGUCCAACACGAAAACCGUAAUGUGUGUGGGAGGGGCUCGUCGUCGUUUAGUCGUUACCCUGCAGUCGUUAUUGUUGUGAUGGACUGAUCUGUCAUCUACUUCUAUCAAAUAAUAAUAAAAAACCGCGUCGAUCUGAAAAGAAGACUUUUAUUAAGGAACAUGUUUUAACAAACGAAGCCCUGUCGCUUGUUUGACUAAAUGGACGCGACCGCUGUAGAAAGUUUACAGAUUAUUCGACCUCUGUUCUUGUAACUUUUUUUUAGCAAGUUUUCUUUCUGUCGAUUUGAGAUUCCCGUAGAUCUACAGCCAUGAAGGAGAAGUUAGCGCGCGGUCUCCUGUUGCUGCUGCUGCUGCUGUCUUGGAAAGGAACCGAUUUACAGGUGAUGUCAGUGAGUGUAACACUACCAGAGUCUCUGCUGUUUGUUUCUACUCUGGAUGGGAGUCUACACGCUGUCUCCAAGCAAUCUGGAGACAUCAAAUGGACGCUCAAAGAAGAUCCCAUCAUCCAGGUGCCUGUUUACCUCACUGAGCCAGGGUUUCUCCCUGACCCCAACGAUGGCAGUCUCUACGUCCUGGGAGGAAAACACAAGGAAGGACUGAUGAAACUGCCCUUCACCAUCCCAGAGCUGGUCCAGUCAGCUCCCUGUAGGAGUUCUGAUGGAGUCCUCUACACUGGUAAGAAGCAGGAUGUGUGGUUUGUGGUGGAUCCCCAGACAGGAGAGAAACAGACCAGCCUGUCCACAUCAUCAUCUGACUCCAUCUGCCCCAAUGCACCACUGCUAUACAUAGGACGUACAGAGUACAUGAUAACGAUGUAUGAUACGAAGACACAGGAGCUGAGGUGGAACGCCACGUACAACGACUACUCUGCCCCGCCGUACGAUGAGAAACACGACUACAAGAUGGCCCAUCUCGUCUCCAGUGGUGAUGGGUUGGUGGUGACCGUAGACAGAGAGUCAGGUGAUGUCCUGUGGAUGCAAAACUAUGGGUCACCUGUGGUGGGUGUGUACCUGUACAGCCAGGACUCUCUGAGACACGCCCCUCACCUGUCAGUUGCCAUGGAGACGCUGCGUUACCUCACCUUCUCGUCCCACGACACGCACACCAUGAAGUGGAGCUACCAGUUUGUCACGGAGCAGGCCAGCACACACACACAGCUGGUGCCCACUCUGUAUGUAGGGAAGCUGGACUCUCAUCUUUACGCCUCCACCUCCCUGGUUCACGACGGAGUCUCUCUAGUGCCGCGGGGCUUGACGCUGGCGCGUAUCGAGGGACCGGAGACCGAGGAGGUGACGGUCAGAGAGAAGGGAGAGUGUGAGAUCAUCCCGUCUACCGACAUACGAUACCCGCCAGGAUCUACCAACACACUGAACAACCAGUGGCUGCUCAUAGGACAUCACGAGUUACCCCCGGUAGCCCACACCACCAUGUUGAGAGACUUCCCGGUAAACCUGCAGCGUUCCGGUGACGCCGUUAUCCCGACCCGGUCUCAGAACAAACGCUACACAGACCAUCCUUUCCAGUCAGUAGGUCAUGGUGUUGAAGGGGGUCCUGGUGGUUCGGGUCCCAGCGGAAGCAGAAGGACCCGAGCGGGAUCAAGAUCAGGGUUGUCCUCUGUCCUGCCCGAAAAUAUAUACCAGGACCCUGUUACCGUGGUGAUACUGUCUCUACUGCUGGGAGGAUGGCUUGCCUUCGCUCUGACUUAUCCACAGCGUGUAACCCAGCAGCAGAAUGACCAGAGGCAGCAGUUGGACGAAGCGUUGGAAUCCCGCCUCCAUCACCUGCUAGACAUGCCCUCUCCUGCAGACACACUCCUUCCUCCACCAGACACCACACCCCUUUUCCCAGGCACCCCCUCUCCUGGAGCCCAGCCCCAGUCUGCAGACUCACAGCCGUCCUCCUCCCCUCCUCUCUCUGGCUCGCCCGGUAACAGUAGUGACGCUGUAGCCAGGAACGGAUCCGCUGGAACGCGACACACACACGAUGGAGGGAUAGAGGAGGUGGAGGUGGGGAAGAUCUCCUUCUGUCCAUCAGAGAUUCUGGGACAUGGAACAGAAGGAACCUUUGUCUUCCGGGGCCGUUUUGACGGCCGUCUGGUGGCUGUGAAGCGGAUCCUUCCAGAAUGUUUUGACGUUGCAGAGCGAGAGGUCCAGCUGCUCCGGGAGUCGGACGAACAUCCAAACGUCAUCAGAUACUACUGCACUGAGAGAGACAAACUAUUCACCUACAUCGCUAUAGAACUGUGUGCUGCUACACUACAACAGUAUGUGGAAGAUCCGUCAUGCCACGUUGGUCUCAGCCCCGUUACUGUACUGCAACAGACCAUGUGUGGUCUCAGUCACCUCCACUCACUAAACAUAGUCCACAGGGAUCUGAAGCCUCGUAACAUCCUGUUGUCUCAGCCAGGGCCCCUGGGGCGGGUGAGAGCGCUGAUAUCAGACUUUGGCCUGUGUAAAAAGAUCCCUGAGGGAAGGACUAGUUUCUCUCUCCGCUCGGGGAUACCGGGGACAGAGGGGUGGAUCGCCCCGGAAGUACUGCUGGACACACCGGGAAACAACCCGACCCGUUGUGACCAGGCUGUGGACGUGUUCUCAGCUGGCUGUGUUUUCUACUAUGUGGUCAGUAAAGGGCAGCACCCGUUUGGCCACACGCUACGACGCCAAGCUAACAUCCUGACCGGGGAGUACUUCCUCACUCACUUCCUGGAAGACGUGCACGAUGACGUCAUAGCGCGGGACCUGAUAGAGCGAAUGAUCAGCAGUGAUCCGGAGUCCCGCCCCUCCACUUCCUCUAUUCUUAAACACCCGUUCUUCUGGAGCCCUGAUAAACAACUGCAGUUCUUCCAGGAUGUGAGCGACCGUAUAGAGAAGGAAGCUACAGACGGCUCCUUGGUGGUCAGACUAGAGACGGCUGGUAGAGCCGUAGUACGAACCAACUGGAGGAUGCACAUCUCUGUUCCUCUCCAGACAGACCUGAGGAAGUUCAGGACGUAUAAAGGGAACUCAGUCAGAGACCUGCUCCGAGCCAUGAGAAAUAAGAAGCACCACUACCAUGAGUUGCCAGCGGAGGUCCAGGAGACGUUAGGGGAGGUGCCCGAAGGCUUCGUCAGUUACUUCACCUCCCGGUUCCCGCGGUUACUGCUACACACGCACGCCGCGCUCAGCAGCUGUUCACAUGAGAGACUUUUCCACCCCUACUACCUUCCCCCCACCGCCAAAUAAACACACACACACACACACACACACACACACACACACACACACACACACACACACACACACACACACACACACACACACAGAGGAAAGGUCGCUGGUUCAAAUCCCCCCCAGCCGACUAAAGUGUAAGUUGCUCUGGAUAAGAGCGUCUGCUAAAUGACUCCAAUGUCAAGUGUAUAAACACUUUACUGUAGUAGAGCCGGAAUGGCUGCUUCAUGAAUAUUCAGAGAGAGAGAGAGACUGUUGAAUGGCUGCUUCAUGAAUAUUCAGAAAGAGAGAGAGACUGGUGAAUGGCUGCUUCAUGAAUAUUCAGAGAGAAAGAGACACUGAAUGGCUGCUUCAUGAAUAUUCAGAGAGACUGAUGAAUGGCUGCUUCAUGAAUAUUCAGAGAGAGACUGUUGAAUGGCUGCUUCAUGAAUAUUCAGAGAGAGACUGUUGAAUGACUGCUUCAUGAAUAUUCAGAGAGGGAGAGACUGAAUGGCUGCUUCAUGAAUAUUCAGAGAGAGAGAGACUGUUGAAUGGCUGCUUCAUGAAUAUUCAGAGAGAGAGACUGUUGAAUGGCUGCUUCAUGAAUAUUCACAGAGAGAACUGAUGAAUGGCUGCUUCAUGAAUAUUCAGAGAGAGAGACUGAUGAAUGGCUACUUCAUGAAUAUUCAAAAGCGGACUGAAUGACUGCCUCAUGAAUAUUCAGAGCCAGAGUGUUUUUUUAACUGCUGUAAAUGUUUUACUCGUAACUUACAAGAUGAACUGAUUUUAACUUUCACCUGGUUUUGAUUAGGAUAGUCUGAUUAGGAUAGUUAAAUACCCUGCUCUGAUAGGAUAGUUAAAUACCCUGCUCUGAUAGGAUAGUUAAAUACCCUGCUCUGAUAGGAUAGUUAAAUACACUGCUCUGACAGGAUAGUUAAAUACCCUGCUCUGAUAGGAUAGUUUAAAUACACUGGAGAAGGCUGAUGGUCGUAAACGAGGUCGUCGUGGUAACAACCAGAGUACUGUGUGUUUUUCCCGUUUGCUAUUUGAAAUCGUGUGGUUCUAAAGACGGGGUUGGGCGGAGCAGGUCACAGGACGACGGAACGACGACACUGACGGAUUUCUGCGAAGACUGUUGAUGCCGUCGGAGAUGCACUUAACUGGACGGUGGUUUUGGGUCCCUGAUAUAUGGAGGGGUCAAAUCUGAUACCCUAUUUCUCUCUAUGUAGUGCACUAAGUAGUACAGGGGAUAGUAAAGGGGUCCAAUCUGAUGCCCUAUUUCUCUCUAUGUAGUGCACUAAGUAGUACAGGGAAUAGUAAAGGGGUCCAAUCUGAUGCCCUAUUCUCUCUAUGUAGUGCACUAACAGAGGAUCCAAUCUGAUGCCCUAUUCUCUCUAUGUAGUGCACUAACAGGGGGUCCAAUCUGAUGCCCUAUUCUCUCUAUGUAGUGCACUAACAGGGGGUCCAAUCUGAUGCCCUAUUCUCUCUAUGUAGUGCACUAACAGGGGGUCCAAUCUGAUGCCCUAUUCUCUCUAUGUAGUGCACUAACAGGGGUCCAAUCUGAUGCCCUAUUCUCUCUAUGUAGUGCACAAACAGGGGGCCCAAUCUGAUGCCCUAUUCUCUCUAUGUAGUGCACAAACAGGGGGCCCAAUCUGAUGCCCUAUUCUCUCUAUGUAGUGCACUAACAGGGGGUCCAAUCUGAUGCCCUAUUCUCUCUAUGUAGUGCACUAACAGGGGGUCCAAUCUGAUGCCCUAUUCUCUCUAUGUAGUGCACAAACAGGGGGCCCAAUCUGAUGCCCUAUUCUCUCUAUGUAGUGCACUAACAGGGGUCCAAUCUGAUGCCCUAUUCUCUCUAUGUAGUGCACAAACAGGGGGCCCAAUCUGAUGCCCUAUUCUCUCUAUGUAGUGCACUAACAGGGGGUCCAAUCUGAUGCCCUAUUCUCUCUAUGUAGUGCACUAACAGGGGGUCCAAUCUGAUGCCCUAUUCUCUCUAUGUAGUGCACUAACAGGGGGUCCAAUCUGAUGCCCUAUUCUCUCUAUGUAGUGCACAAACAGGGGGUCCAAUCUGAUGCCCUAUUCUCUCUAUGUAGUGCACAAACAGGGGGCCCAAUCUGAUGCCCUAUUCUCUCUAUGUAGUGCACUAAGUAGUACAGGGGAUAGUAAGGGGGUCCAAUCUGAUGCCCUAUUCUCUCUAUGUAGUGCACUAAGUAGUACAGGGGAUAGUAAGGGGGUCCAAUCUGAUGCCCUAUUCUCUCUAUGUAGUGCACUAAGUAGUACAGGGGAUAGUAAAGGGGUCCAAUCUGAUGCCCUAUUCUCUCUAUGUAGUGCACUAAGUAGUACAGGGGAUAGUAAGGGGUCCAAUCUGAUGCCCUAUUCUCUCUAUGUAGUGCACUAAGUAGUACAGGGGAUAGUAAGGGGUGUGCACUAUGAAGGGAAUAGGGUGGAAACACCAGUGGGAUAUUUUUUUGACGUUGACUUUUUUUCUUACUGAUACAUUUGUGGUUUUAUACAGUACAUUGAUGAUCUGUAUUCCUUUAAUUAUGAAUGAGAUUAUACAUUAUGGAUUAAAUCCCAGACUGCUCUCUGUUUUUUGUUUUUUUUACACAGAUUACAGACUUUUUGGAGGGAAAACUUUUUAUACUUUUUUUUUAAUAAUAAAAUGAAAAAUAAAUAAACAUGUUUUGAACAUCUUGUAGUGAACUAAA